AUGAUAAAUAUAUGAUUACUUAUUAUAAUAAUAUUUAUUUUUGGGAAUAUAAUUUUUAUUUCUAAACAUAAACAUUUAUUGAUUGUUUUAUUAAGAUUAGAAUUUAUUGUUUUAAGACUUUUUUUUUUAUUAGUUGUAUAUUUAAGUUGUAUUGAAUAUGAUAUAUAUAUAUUAAUAAUUUUUUUAUUAUUUUCUGUUUGUGAAGGAGCUUUAGGAUUAUCUAUUUUAGUUUCUAUAAUUCGAACUCAUGGAAAUGAUUAUUUUCAAAGAUUUAGUAUAUUAUAA